AUGCCCGGAGCAGAAUCAGAAGGCAAGGACGCGGUGGCAACAACUCAGCAGGACACCAACCUCUUUGUUCAGUCGCAGAUCUUGGACAUCCAUCGCCUUCUAAGUCAACAUACCGGCAAGCUCAACACGCUCGAUCAAAGAUCUGCUCAAACCAAGGACCAGCUCCAGAAGCAGCAACAGCUCGAAGCAUCAAAACAUGCAAUCAUCUCUUCCUGGCCGGACUCAGCUACCAAACGCGACAGAGAACAAGCCAUCGAGAAACUCGUGGAGAAGGAGGGACUCCGCCGCAUGCACACAUGCACGCAGACACUGAAGAGCAAGGGAGGCCUCGCACACUUCAGCAUAGUGGAGUUCUACACGAAGGAAGCAAGGAACGACUUCUUAGAUAUGGUCAAGAAGGACAUGUUGACUUGCCACGGGCAGAUCCAAGUAGGACGAGCUCAAAUCCCCAAAUACCAACGCGAAGCAGAUCAGCCUUUCAGGUGUGCCAUCGCAGUCUACGCCCAGAUAGCUGGCCGACAACAGCGCUAUAAGCCUAUCUGGGAGCUUACGGCAAUUUGGCAUGGAGGGGAAUGGAUUCUCAUUGCGGAACCAGCAGAGCACGACAAAACACAGAUCACAAUCCACGUCCGCGCGGAGGACCAAGAAGCCUUCACUGCAAGCUUUGGGGAUGCAUGGGCCAAGUGGGGCCAGCAACAUGGAGUACCUCGCAAACCGGAUGCAUACAGAGCCCAAGACCACUUCACAAUCACCAUCAAGGGCAUCACCCCGGAGAAAGCCGCCGAGUAUGACCAGAAGUACAACGCACAAUCAAAACACAAGCAAAGCACAGCCAGCGCCACACAGCAGGAGCGGGAGGACGAAACCAUGGGACCAGAACCUCGGGCAGCUACUGCACGACUUGACCGUGGUCUGAGGCCUCCGCCGGCCAGGGAAGGAGGUAAGGGUAAGGCGCCACAAGGCGCCCGCUAG